GCACCCUUGUGCGACCAAAGCUGGGACUGCCGGGCUCAAGUCGCCGCGUCUCCACCCGGCUGCUCUUUUUGGAUUUCUGCAAUGGCGGAACAGCAGCAAUUCUACCUAUUGCUGGGUAACCUGAUGAGCCCUGACAACAAUGUCAGGAAACAAUCAGAGGAGACCUAUGACACAAUCCCUGGUCAGACAAAAAUCACGUUCCUGCUUCAGGCUGUCAGAGAUCCAUCUGCUGCAGAGGAGGUCAGACAGAUGGCAGCAGUGCUUCUGCGACGGCUCUUGUCAUCGUCCUUUGAAGAGAUCUACCCAGGCCUCACAGUUGACAUGCAGGCAGCUAUCAAAACUGAACUUCUGACCAGCAUCCAACAGGAGACUUCCACAAAUAUCCGCAAGAAGGUCUGCGACAUUGCAGCAGAGCUAUCCCGUAACCUUAUUGAUGAUGAUGGGAACAACCAGUGGCCAGAGGUGCUCAAGUUCCUGUUCGACUCUGUCAAUUCAGACAACGUGGGUCUGCGAGAAGCUGCGUUGCACAUAUUCUGGAACUUCCCAGGAAUCUUUGGCAACCAGCAGCAGCAUUACAUGGAUGUAAUCAAGCGUAUGCUUGUUCAGUGCAUGCAGGAUCAAGCAAACUCUCAGAUCCGCACACUGGCUGCCCGGGCCGCAGCUUCUUUUGUCCUGUCCAAUGAAGGAAACACAGCCCUGCUCAAGCAUUUCUCUGACUUACUGCCAGGCAUCCUGCAGGCAGUGAAUGAUUCCUGCUACCAGGGAGAUGACUCAGUCCUUAAGUCUUUGGUGGAAAUUGCAGACACGGCACCUAAAUAUCUGAGACCAAACUUGGAGGCCACUUUGCAACUCUGCUUGAAGCUCUGCGCGGAUACCAACUUGCCCAACAUGCACAGACAGUUGGCACUGGAAGUCAUUGUCACCUUAUCGGAGACAGCAGCAGCUAUGUUGAGGAAACACACCGCCAUUGUGGCUCAGAGUGUGCCCCAGAUGCUGGCUAUGAUGGUCGACCUAGAAGAAGAUGAGGACUGGGCUAUGGCUGAUGAAUUGGAAGAUGAUGAUUUUGACAGUAAUGCUGUAGCAGGAGAAAGUGCUCUCGACAGAAUCGCCUGUGGUCUGGGAGGAAAGAUCAUUUUGCCUCUGAUCAAGCAGCACAUAAGGCAGAUGCUGCAGAACUCUGACUGGAAGUACCGCCAUGCUGGGCUGAUGGCGCUGUCGGCCAUUGGCGAAGGCUGUCACCAGCAGAUGGAGGCCAUCCUUAAUGAGACUGUCAUCUCUGUACUGCACUUUUGCGCAGACCCACAUCCAAGGGUGCGGUACGCUGCCUGCAAUGCUAUUGGACAAAUGGCCACAGAUUUUGCACCAACUUUCCAAAAGAAGUUUCAUGAUAAGGUUAUCUCUGCACUGCUUCAGACCAUGGAUGACCAGAGUAACCCCCGAGUGCAGGCACACGCUGCUGCUGCUCUCAUCAAUUUCACAGAAGACUGUCCCAAAUCUCUGCUCAUACCUUAUCUGGAAAGCUUGGUGCAGCACCUUCAUGUGAUCAUGGUAACAAAGUUACAAGAGUUAUUCCAUAAGGGCACCAAACUGGUCCUGGAGCAGGUGGUGACCUCAAUUGCAUCUGUGGCGGACACUGCAGAGGAGAAGUUUGUGCCAUACUACGACUUGUUCAUGCCCUCACUCAAACACAUUGUGGAAAUCGCUGUGCAAAAAGAGCUGCGGCUACUUCGGGGCAAGACCAUCGAGUGCAUCAGCCUCAUUGGUCUCGCUGUCGGCAAGGAAAAGUUCAUGCCAGAUGCCUAUGCUGUCAUGCAGCUGCUUCUCAAAACCCAGACUGACUUCAAUGACCUGGAUGAUGAUGAUCCACAGAUCUCAUACAUGAUCUCAGCCUGGGCCAGGAUGUGCAAGAUCCUGGGGAAAGAGUUUCAGCAGUACCUACCAGUGGUAAUGGGUCCAUUAUUGAAGACUGCCUCCAUCAAACCUGAGGUGGCUCUCCUUGACACCCAGGAUAUGGAGAACAUAUCAGAGGAUGACGGCUGGGAGUUUGUCAACCUUGGAGACCAGCAGAGUUUCGGCAUCAAGACCGCCGGCCUGGAGGAGAAGUCCACUGCUUGCCAGAUGCUGGUGUGUUAUGCCAAAGAGCUGAAGGAAGGUUUUGUAGAGUACACUGAGCAAGUGGUGAAGCUGAUGGUUCCUUUACUCAAGUUCUACUUCCACGAUGGUGUGCGAGUGGCGGCGGCAGAGUCCAUGCCUCUGCUGUUAGAGUGCGCACGGGUGCGGGGGCCAGAGUACCUCACCCAAAUGUGGCUCUUUAUGUGCGACGCCCUCAUCAAGGCUAUCGGCACGGAACCAGACUCGGACGUCCUGUCGGAAAUCAUGCAUUCUUUUGCAAAGUGCAUCGAGCUAAUGGGAGACGGCUGUCUGAACAACGAGCAUUUUGAGGAGCUGGGUGGCAUUUUGAAAAGCAAACUGGAGGAACAUUUUAAAAACCAGGAGUUGAGGCAGGCUAAGAGACAAGAUGAAGAUUAUGAUGAGCAGGUGGAGGAAACCUUGCAAGAUGAGGAUGAGAAUGACGUGUACAUCUUGACCAAGGUGUCGGACGUCCUUCAUUCUGUUUUCAGUAGUUACAAAGAGAAGGUGCUCCCUUGGUUUGAACAACUCCUCCAGCUCAUUGUCCAGCUCAUAUGUCCAAACAGGCCAUGGGCUGACAGGCAAUGGGGACUGUGUAUUUUUGACGAUGUGGUGGAGCACUGCAGCCCAUCUUCUUUCAAGUACGCCGAGUACUUCCUGCGGCCGAUGUUGCAGUCUCUGUGUGACUCCAGUCCUGAAGUUCGGCAAGCAGCCGCCUACGGUGUUGGUGUCAUGGCGCAAUAUGGAGGGGAGAACUACCGCCCGUUCUGCACAGAGGCCAUUCCCUUGUUGGUCAGAGUCAUCCAGGCAGCCGAUUCACGCUCAAAGGAGAACGUCAACGCCACAGAAAACUGCAUCUCUGCUGUUGGAAAGGUCAUGAGGUUCAGGCCAGAGUGUGCAAAUGUCAAUGAAAUUCUCCCCCACUGGAUCAGCUGGCUACCCCUCAAUGAAGAUAAAGAGGAGGCUGUCCACACAUUUGACUUCCUAUGUGACCUUAUUGAAAGUAACAACCCUAUUGUCCUUGGACCAGACAACUCCAACCUUCCCAAACUCUUCCUCAUCAUUGCUGAUGGAGUAGCAAACGAAUCUGUGAAGAGUGAAGACGCUUGCAGUAAACGUCUGGCAAACGUAGUCCGUCAAGUACAGGUGUCAGGAGGAUUGUGGUCUCAGUGUAUAGCGACGCUAACUGAGACUCAACAGAAAGCCAUACAAGAUUUACUGAAUGCCGCCUGAGCCUCCUGGUCAGACUCCCACCUUUAAAGCCCCUGAAGAAAAGUUGACUCUUCCAUACACUCCUCCGCCUCUUGAUCUGCAGAGUAUAGGAUGCUGGCUUCACCCUCCCCACCUCCCCAGCCUAUUAUAAACACUGCACUCAAUUGACUGGAGAAAAAGUGGGGAGCACCCCUGACAUCAAGGACUGACUGUCUCAUCUCCUUUAGCUAGAUGUGUUUCCAAACAAUUCCCUCAAGUGUGACUUGCCCCUGCCCAGAGACAUGCAUUGCCCUGCACAGCUCAGUUGAGUUGAAAAAUGGACACUGGGCGAUCAAUGCCUGUCUCUUGUGAUAUUUUUUUUUUUUUUGAGUUUUGUUUUUGUUUUGGUUUGUUCCUAGUUACCUGGGGAGAGAUGACCUCUGUCAGAGAGGUUGUUUCCAAAGUAAAGGCAUGUUUUAUGUUGCUAA